AUGUCAUCCAAUCAGCUCCGAACUAGCGCCCUAGCUCGUGGGAAGGACUAUCGUCAAUGGAUGGAUGAUCCCGAGUAUGCGUCGCCUAGUCCGAGCGGGAGAGAGUGCCCUUUGCGAUCCUUGCUCACUCUUGAUCAUCUUAGAAAUGAUGACAAUGAGGUGGAAGAUUUCAGACAGCAAAUAAAAAGCCCGCGCAUCCUUCAAGAGAUCGCAAAGAUUUGCCCUCCUCAGGCUAAGUUCCGCAAAAUCCGGGUGAAAGAUAAACAAUGGGAGGACGGUGACCCGGGCGUGCUUUAUAAUUAUGUUACCGCAUUCGUUUAUCCCGGCGUUCUUGUGCUUUCAACCCUUAUUAGGAGAAACGGUCCCCAUGUGUCUGAAGUUGCAUUGGCAAUCUACCAAGCCUAUUACCCUGACCACUCAAUUCCGUUGAGGUAUGUCUUCGUUACCAACGUCGUCGAGGACGCUACCGUUGCCUGUUUCGAGGAUCCAAUCUUCUGCACCGUAAAUCUCAACUUUUCGGAUAAACACACCCAGGAGCCUAUUGGUUGGCCUCUCGGAACGGAACAAUAUGAUCUCGCACUUGGGACGCCCAUUGGUGCUUUUGUGGCAGCUAUUGUCAUUGGAGCGUUCGCGCGUGGAACCCACCGCAUCAGUAAGAUCUGGACAUGGACUAGAACUAAUCAUGCGGGGUCUUUGGACAUUAAAUUCGAUCUGGAGCCGCUUACGUCUUUGGAUCCGAAUAGAUUGGCGCCUCAGUAA